AUGGCGGACGAAAGCCUGCACGUACCGGAUACGAACAUCGAUUUCCAUAUCGUCCAGCUGUUCGAGCGGCUCGAGACGAUGCGCAAGGAACCGGGCCACAAGCUGUCCCGGUCGCUGCAGGGCCGCAUCAAUAUGCACAACGAGCUGCGCAGUCUGGAGUUCUGGAGAUCGAUCACAUGCGAAUGCCUGGCCUCAUUCUUCUACGUGUUCAUCGUGUGCGGUGCGGCAGCCGGUUCCGGUGUUGGGGCAAGCGUCUCCUCGGUGCUGCUAGCGACCGCUCUGUCUUCCGGGUUCUCCAUGAUUGCCUUGACCCAGUGCUUCCUCCACAUUUCUGGAGCCCACGUGAAUCCUGCCGUGUCGGUCGGAAUGGUCGUUGCGCGCCAAAUUUCACCGCUCCGUGCCUUGCUGUACAUCGUGGCGCAAAGUGGCGGAUCGAUAGCCGGAGCGGCCCUGCUCUACGGUGUCACCGUUCCCGGUUAUCAGGGCAAUCUGCAGGCCGCCGUUUCCCACAGCUCGGCGCUGGCCGCCUGGGAGCGUUUCGGCGUCGAGUUCAUCCUGACGUUUAUCGUCGUCCUGUCGUACCUGAUCUCGACCAGCUCGUUCAAGAAGUAUUUCGGAUCGUCCGCCAUCGCCAUCGGAGCCACUUACAGUGCGUGCAGCUUCGUAUCGAUGCCCUACCUGAAUCCGGCCCGAUCGCUCGGACCAUCGUUUGUGCUGAACAAAUGGGACAACCACUGGGUGUACUGGCUCGGGCCGAUGGUUGGCGGGGCCGUAUCCGGGCUCCUGCACGAGUUUAUCUUCUGCCCGAAGCGCUCGCUGAGCCGCUCGAAGGACGACGCCGACUCGAGCCUCAACUCGGAGGACGACAUCAACUACGACAUGGACCUGGAGAAGCCGGCUCACGCGCAGGGCAAGUACCAUCAGUACCGGCCACCGAGUGGGACACUAUCCGGCAGCCAGCAGCGGUACUGCCAGAGCAUCUACACGGCGGAACCGACGUCGAAGGUCGAACGCGUGGAGUCCAUCUACGGCGGCACCAAGUCGAUGUACUGCAAGUCUCCGCCUCUGACGCGUGCCAACCUUAACCGUUCGCAAUCGGUGUACGCCAAGAGUAACACGGCCCUGAACCGUGACCUGCCGGCCCGCUCCGGUCCGCUGGUGCCGGCCCAAAGCCUGUACCCGUUGCGCGUCACCGCUCCCCAGACGCAUCUGCAGAACCAAAAUGUGCAGAACCAGCUUCAGCAGCGCUCGGACAGCAUCUACGGGAUCCGCGGUUCCAUGCGGCAACCGGUCGGUCCAGUGGAUCGGAUGCCUCAGCCGAUGCCAUCGCACCCGGCCGUGGGGGGUGCGGUGGACCCGCAGCAGCAGGGAUUCCAACCGAUCUACGGGACGCGCAACAAUCCGCACUGUUCCACCGAUGCGCUCAAGUUUGACCGCGACCCGAAUAGCCGUGACGACGCGCUGAACUCCAAGUUUGCCCGCGGCACCGGAGGAAACCGGCCGGAAUCGAUGUACGGUGGACCACGGCGCAUCCACUCGGCCCAGUCGGAUGACAGUUCGUACGGAUCGUACCACGGUCCGGGGCCCGCACUGACCCCACCGACGCGCAACACCAGCAACAGCAGUAGCACCUUCAACCCCGCCAUGGCCACACUGCCGCAGCCCACCUACGAACGGAAAACGUCCUCGUCCUCGGUGCCCUCGCACCAGCAACAGAAACAGCAACACCAACAACUGCAGCACCAGCAACACCAGCAACACCAGCAGCAGCAGCAACCGCAGCCACCUCGCAGUCUGCAGAACUCUUCCAGCAUACAGAACACCAGCCUGCCACCACCGCCGCCGCCGCUGCACCACACGAUGGCCUACAACAUGCAUCCGGUGCGGCAGAACUAG